AGCAAAUUUUUGUUGUUUGGGCCCUGGGGGGAUUGGCCUUCUCUCAAAUUGCAAACCCAACAAAACAUACAGUACAGUACAUACAAAAGGGCAGGCGGGAAAAGACGACAUUCGAGUUGGCUGUGACUGACAUUCUCCAACCGACCUUCCAUCGCUUCAGUCGUCGCAAUGGUCGCCCGUGCUCUCGUCUCCCUGGCCUCUUUCGUCGCUCUGUCGACCGUCGUCCGUGCGCAGGCGCCUGCGCCAGGUGACACUCCUCUGCAAGGGCCUCAGCCGGUUGCCAAUCAGCAGCCUUCCGACCCCAGCUACAGCUGUCCAGCGACAUGCGUGGCACCAGCAUGUGUGUGCGCUUCGACAAAGAUUCCUGGUGGUCUGACAGCAGACCAGACGCCCAUGUUCGUUACCCUGACCGCCGACGAUGCGGUCCAGCCUGACACUUGGGCUGCGUUCGAACAAGUCUUGAACAGCACGGUCAACCCAAAUGGGUGCAACCUCCCAUUCACGUCCUUCACCUCGAUCGCAUGGACCGACAUGUGGUUGGUGACACAGCUUCACUCCAAAAACCACGAGAUCGCCGUGCACACCAUUAAUCACCCCGAUCUUGCACUGUCGAGACCGGCUGCUCGCGAACAAGAAAUCGUGGGCUCAUUUCAAGUCUUGAACAACUGGGCAGGAAUUCCGAAGAAGGAUCUUCAAGGUUUCAGGCACCCGUUCUUGUCGUUCAACAAGGACACCUUCGACAUCGUUGCGAAAGCCGGCUUCAAAUAUGAAUCCUCAGUCACACUCGACCCCAUUCUUCAACCUUACUGGCCGCAUACCUUGGAUUACGGCUUCGCAUACUACCCCCAACCUUGCUUGAACUGCACCAGCGGCCCCUCGAUGCGUUAUCCCGGAUUGUGGGAAAUCCCUAUGUACAACUUGAUUACGAACUCAACUCCCCCCGCCCUGUGGACGUCUAUGGAUCCCAUCAUUUCCCCCCAAUUGAACGAUUAUGAUAUCGCGAUGGCAAACUUGAAGGCCUCCUUUGAUCUCCACUACAAGACGAAACUGCCAUUCGGUUUAUACCAGCACCUAGCCCAAUUGGUUGCAUGGGGACCAGACGUGCAAGUCAAGAAGAUCCAGUGGUUGAAGGACUUUGUUCAGUGGGCACAGACCAACUACAAAGACGUUUGGUUUGUGACGAAUCAGCAGUUGAUUAAGUGGAUCCAAGCUCCAGUUCCAGCCAGCAAAAUGCUGGAAUUCCUUCCCUGCGUGGGACUCGCCACCGACAAAUCGAACAAGGAAGUGUGCGAUGGUAUUGACAACAACGGCGACGGAACGGUGGACGAAGGAUUGAUGGAGAAUUGCCAAAUCACCGAUCAAUACGGCUUCAUGUCUUGCUUCGGCUGCCCCACGAUCAUCCCAAAUAUCACUCAGCCUGUGCCUCCCUUCAAGACAGCCGCAAGGAAGCUGCCUGUGGACGCUGGGUGCGAUAACGGUGUGUGGGACCCAGUCGGUGGCGCUUGCGUCAAUCUCGUUCGUGCGACUGUGAAGCUGCCCGCUGUCGGAGCCGCAAAUGGCACCAACGGAACCAACCCCACCACCGGCUCAAACGGAUCUGGAUCAACCUCCAACGUCAAGAACUCUGCGUCUGCGGUUCCCGCGAACGCUGUCGGUGCCGGUGCUAUUGUGGCCUUGAUCUCCUCAUUACUUUAGACACUAUGCACAUUGAUCACGGCGUAUUUUGACACAUCACUUUUGACACUGCUUACUCUAGAAUUUUUGUUGUGUUGGCGUAUUUCAAUAUAGAAUCUACUAAUUCCUCAAAGGACGUUUAAGGAGGGCGAGGGCAGGUUCGGGGAGUGCAUACGCAGGUGCAUACGUAGCGACUUUCAGUUCAGAAUCCUGUCCGGUCACCUCGAGUUUGAGAAGGAGCUCGACGCGCCAGACGCGCCAGCUCUGACCAGAGCUCUGACGAUGCGCGUUCUCGUUGCAGUUGUGCAGA